AUGAUGCUGCAGGUAGCUCUACCUCAACCACAGUUGAUGCUACAAGUACCUCUACCUCAACCACAACCACCACUUCUACUUUAUCAACAACUACUCCCAUACCAGAUAUUUGCUGUGACUACAUUGAACACUGUAAUGAACUACUUUGGAUACUUCGGUGUAGUUAGAUUUGAAGUUCUGAACGAAACGAGCAUCACCUACCAUCCGGAAAAAGACAUUGGAAGCUUCCAAAGUGCCGUCUAUAAUCAAUUUGGUUAUGGAACUAUACCUGGAACUCCUCCGAGUUCAGAUUCACAAGUAUUAGAAGCACUCAAGAGCGUCACCGAUUCCGACAAAGUGUACGAGAACUCGCUUAUUGUUUUCUGCCUCGACAAACUGCCCAGAAGUCCGCAGUAUGAUCAAUUUGCUACAUUGGUCAACAAAAACGUGAAGACCAUUUUCCUAAUGGACAAAGAGUUGCUGAGACGAGAGCUAGGCUUCAAGCGAACGGCAGCACCGUUGAACGAAAUCGCAGCUACCACUAAUGGACAUCUGAUCAUCAGCGAUCAAACCAACACUACGGAUUUCCAAAAUCUAAUGAAUUUGCUCUAUUCGAACGGGCCUUCACAAUCCCUACUAUUCGCUCGAAGUAUGAAAUAUGAAGCUUCGUCGACAGACUUAGGCAAGUUGGAAGUAAAGGAAAAGGUGCAGGUUACGAUCACUGCAACUACGUCUGUUUAUGAAGCCCCUGAUUUGAGAGAUUUCAACAUAAAAGUCACGUUCAAAAGUUCCACAAAUGAAAUCGUUGCAUCACUCAAGCACCCUAACAAUUCCAACUUCUUCACGGAUACUGUGACUUUGGAAUCAGAUGAAUUCAAUGUGAUUGUGGAUAUGACGUAUGCUUUGGGGAAAGACGUCCAUAUAAGGAUGUGGAUACCAAGAACUGAUCGACACUUGAAGGUACAGUAUGCGGAUUUGGACAUGAAACCUCUUCCCACGGGACCUGAUACCGUGAACGGCGCAGCAACUCGAGUGACUGUCUUCGGUGGAUCUCCGGGCGCUAAUCUCUCGAUCGAUAUUCGAGAUUGCGAAGGUGGUGCAGUCAAGCUCUACGAUGCGAAUCAAUGGCAACAAGUGACCAAUGCUGGUGAUGCCUUUUUUGUACCGUUUUUCUGCGUUGCAAACAGUUCAACAGCUGGACAAUGUGCUGCCGGGACACAGAACAAGUACCAUGUCCAGAUAUUUGUUGUUGCACAAACCUCGAAGGUUUUCGUUUCAGGACCAACCGGCAAAUUACGGGAUUGCUCAGACAGAGGUCACCUUGUGUAUGAUAACUUAGGAGGUUCUUAUGUUUGUCAAUGCGAUCCUGGAUUUACUGGAGAAUCAUGUGAGACAGGAAUCUGUCCCCAAUCGAAUACAUCUACUGAGGGAGUAGAUGUACAGUACCGUAGUUAUACAGUAGUAAUCGGAGUGGAUUGGUUUAAUUACGGUCUGGAAAAUGUAUUGCUGGAGGACGCAAGCAAUAUGGUAUCGCUGAAAACUUUGCCUGUCUAUAUAGGCGGAAGCUUCGAUGAGUUCAGUAAAGCAAUGAAGUCUGAUCUUCGGGGUCUUGGAAUUUUCUGUAGCGGAACGGCGUACCAGGAGAAUCCGUUUGACCUGACUGAUGUCUUCCAAGCGGCCGUCAGCGGUCUAGGUCGUCUUGUUCGAGGAAUAAUUGUGUUCUACACUGAAAAACAGACGUAUAUGCAAGUGGACAUGGAAAGGUUCAUCAGUAUAUCACGAAAUUACCGACAGGAGAUGUACUUGGUUGCUAUGGACCCGAGUGGACAAGAUUCCCUGCCCUAUGAUGAUUUCAAGAAUCUCCGAGCGGCGGCAUUCUCAACGGGAGGGAAUAUUCUGUUUGUGGACGGGAAUCCAACUACACCUCAAUUCAGUGCGUUCUCAGAGAUAAUAUCCAGUGUCACAUCAUUGGCUCUCCUAACUCCCAAGCAGGUCGGAAAUACUCCUGUAACAGUGGAAUCUGGUGCUACUGGAUACGUUUUCCUGAGUUAUCGAGACGUCAAUUCAGUCGAAGUCGCAAGCGAUGACGGCAAUAUGCUUGUACCAGUUGCAGUAAUUGGACGGUUCAGUGCAGUGUACAAGCUGAAGGGUGCAAAGAAAUAUGUGAUCUCAAGCUUCAACUCUAAGGAUUACUCAGCGUCUGUAGUAAUUCUCAAUGGACUCACUCCUUCGUUUACCAUCGUCAAUGAGAGGACGGAUGAUGAAUGGACGGCAUUUGCUUCACCUGACUCUGCUGCUGGUCCUUCAAUUGCUUUGACACUGCCACCUGGAUGGCAUGCACCCCGAGAUAAUACUUCGAUUUAUCGUGUCUCAGCUCGUCCAACAUGCAAUUUUGGAUAUACUGCCUUCAGCGUAUUCCCACCCAUGAGUCCUGGUGCGAAUAGCGUUACGGUUCCCCUGACUGAUGGAACGACAACGGUGAAUCGAGUAAUACCUGUUGGAGUCACUUCUCAAAUGGUGUGUCAGAAUGGUGGAAGUGCUGGAGCCAGUAUGUGUUCCUGCACAUCUGACUUCACGACACCGGAUUGUUCACGUCCAAUUUGUCAACAGGGCGAAUUGAACACGUGGGGUGAUGCUUGUGCCUGCGAUUGGAACUCUGCUGGAGGACGCCUUUGUAAAUGACCGUCUGGAAGAGCUUCUAAGACGGCCAUGUUAUGUAGGCUGUCAGCCGACGUGACGCUCUGUCUAUGGAUUCUAUUAAUUCUGAUCAAUCUAUGUCAGACGCAAGUGCUAUCUGAACUUGUUGGUCUCGGCGAAUUCACGGAAGCCGAGAAGAAAUACUGCGAAUUUGCUUCUGACGAAUCGCAUACGUGCGAGAAUUGCGUCGCCAAAGGAACGGAGUGCUUCUACUGUGGUGGAACCGUUGAACGUUGUCUACCGUAUGCUUGGUAUUUUCCAGGAUGUGAGCUCAAUGACGUCAAGCAUAACAAAUGUUGGGUGAAUAUCCCAGCUGUGGUCAUCGUUGUCAGCGUCAUUGCCGGAAUACUCCUAGUUAUAUUCAUCUUCUGUUUGUGUUAUUGCUACUGUCGAUGUCAAGCUUAUCGACGGGCGAGAGCCAAGGCACAAGGAGAAAAGUGGAAUUUCUUUCAGCAGCAAAAUCUGAAGCGCGCGGAGAUGCAAAAUCGUCAUUCACUUCGCACAGAGCAACGAGAACGCGAACUUGAAGCAUACAGAAUCAAAUAUGGUAAUGGUAUUCACGUCGACUACGUCGGAGUUUCCUAG